GACAGCGACGUUGUUCACGACUGGAUGCAAGUGAGAGAUGCCUCUUGUUACAGGCAAUGUAGCCAGCAUCAGCAAUGUAGCGUUUAUCUUUAAAGCGUAUUUAAUACCUUAUUUUACAGCUUAUGUUAUUCGUCCUGCAUAUAUUUAUUCGCUAUUUUGUUUGUAGUUUAGGUAACCUGCGACAUCUAAUCGAUCGCUCGCUGAUUCGGUUAGCCAGCUGCAGGAAGCUUGCUAACGUAGCAAGCUAACCUCAAAAUAUAGAACCUAGUAGAUACUAUUAAGCUGUCAAUCUGUGACCACUAAAUAGAAAAUGACUGGAGAGAAGAUACGUGCCGUGCGUAAGGACCACAAACCAAGGAAAAAGGAAAACAUACUGAAAUCUUACGAAGAGACCGCUAAUGUCACUGAGAUGGUUACGUCGUCCACCACCGUCGACACAGAAAGGACAAAUAUAGCUAAUAGGAUAUUUCACAACCACAACAAACCACUUAAAUCUUUGCAACUACCAGAAAACCAUUCGCAGAUCAAUGGAAACGUUAACACCGACACAUCUAUCGGUGUCAUCGUCGACGACAACAGGAACCCUAUUAUUUUGACUUCGGGAGAUACAGAAUUCCCUGUCCACGAAUGUGUGUUCAAAGGAGAUGUACGUCGUUUGUCAUCCCUCAUCCGGACUCAAAACAUAAGCCAGAAAGAUGUUCAUGGGAAUACGCCUUUGCACCUCGCUGUUAUGCUGGGACAUAAAGAGUGUGCCCACCUACUUUUGGCCCACAAUGCCCCCGUGAAGGUGAAGAACGCGCAGGGCUGGAGCCCCCUGGCUGAGGCCAUCAGCUAUGGAGACCGGCAGAUGAUCACAGCUCUGCUUCGAAAGCUGAAACAGCAGUCCAGGGAGAGCGUGGAGGACAAGAGGCCCAAGCUGCUCAAAGCACUGCGGGAGCUUGGAGACUUUUACUUAGAACUUCACUGGGACUUUCAGAGUUGGGUCCCUCUUCUUUCACGGAUUUUGCCAUCUGAUGCUUGCAAGAUUUACAAGCAGGGAAACGACAUCAGGCUGGACACCACCCUGAUCGACUUCAGUGACAUGAAGUGCCAACGCGGCGACCUCAGCUUCAUCUUCAGCGGCGACGCACCGCCCGCCGAGGCCUUUGUCGUCCUUGAUAACGAGCAGAAGGUGUACCAGCGCAUUCAUCACGAGGAGUCGGAGAUGGAGACUGAGGAGGAGGUGGACAUCCUGAUGAGCAGUGACAUCUACUCGGCCACCCUCUCCACCAAGUCCAUCACCUUCUCACGCAGCCAGAGCGGCUGGCUCUUCAGGGAGGACAAGACCGAGAGGGUAGGGAACUUCGUGGCAGACUGCUAUGCGGUGAACGGCCUGGUGCUGGAGUCUCGUAAGCGUCGUGAGCACCUGAGCGAGGAGGACAUCCUGAGGAACAAGGCCAUCAUGGAGAGCCUCAGCAAGGGGGGCACUCUGGCAGAGCAGACCUUCGAGCCGGUCCGAAGGCAGUCCCUGGGUGCGCCCGAGGCCAAUACCAUCUCCUGGGAGGAGUACAUCACUGCAGAGCAGGGAAACCCUCCCCACCUCGGCCGUGACCUGCUUUGCAAAGAGAGCAAGAAGAACUUCAAGGCCACGGUAGCCAUGAGCCAGGACUUUCCUGUGGGCAUUGAAUCGUUGCUGAAUGUUUUGGAGGUCGUAGCUCCCUUUAAGCACUUCAACAAGCUCAGAGAGUUUGUUCAGAUGAAGCUUCCUCCUGGGUUCCCUGUCAAACUAGACAUCCCAGUGUUUCCCACCAUCACGGCUACUGUGACGUUCCAAGAGUUCCGCUACCGUGAGUUUGAGAACUCGCUCUUCACUAUCCCAGACGGCUAUAAGGAGGACCCCAGCCGCUUCCCUGACCUCUAGACCAUGAUCGUGUGCAUAUACAUAAAAAAGGGAGAUGCCACAUAUUCCACCUCCACCCUUCCCAACAAAAUGAAACCCACCCCCACUCCAUGACCACACUAAAAGGAAAACAAGACUGGAGACUAGAGGAGAAACUGAUUGCAUUCCACUGUGGAGUAAUGUCUGAAAGUUUAGUUGUGGAAAUGGAUUUUAAGUAUUAAUUACAACAAAAGCCAUUCAUAUUUUCAGUUGGUUUACCACAUUAUAUUUCCCCAGUCCUUACCUGUUAGCAAUGUUUAAUGUCUGUGUGGGCCGUGUACCUUGGAUGAAAUCACGCGACAUAUCUUUUUCUCUUUGCCGAGUGCAUUGAAUCUGUAACCUUGUGAAAUGUGGUGGAUGAAAGAGACCCUUUGUAGAAAUGUUUAAUACAUUCUGUGUGAUGUAGCCUCCAUUUUUAAUUGGAUUUGCCUUUUGAUUUCAAGUGAUGUACCAGUGUACCGACUGAACCUGAUGCCUGUGCUGUGAGGGACAUUUUAGCCUGUUGGCACUAAGCUGAAAACAGAAGAGGGCAUUUUUUGACAGGCAUACAUAUAUAACCUGUAAUCUUUCCCAGUUCUGUCUGUGCACUACAGUGGUAAUCACUGAUGUGCCGUUGUACUGUUUGUCUGUCUGUCUGUCUUGCCAUCCUCACUGUGUUCUGUUUGAGAGGUUUGACAGGGCCAGUGAGCGCAUUUGUCAGUAGUACCCCACACCCCUCUACCCCUGCACCAGAUGUGCUUGCAGCAUGGUGUGCAUAUAACACUAAGUAGCUCAUGCCCCCCACUCCACCCCAAAUCUACAGAGAUGCAGCUACAGCUGAACUCGGCCACCGAAAAGGGCAGUGCUUAAAAAGUGCUGGGACUGCACUGUGAAGCCUCCCAGGCAAGGCAAGGCAAGCUUGUGAUGUGCAGCUGUCUGAGGUGAAUGCUAAAACCUUAACCAAUAGUGAAGGAGACUUUUUUUGUUACAUUAUUGCUGUUGAAAGCCUGACCACUCCACAACCUCCCCAUUUGUCACUUAAUCGCAGCAGCCAGCGUACCAAAUGAAGCCCUAUGUAGCAGUCACGCACUUUGCCGCAUAUCACCGAACCUCCCCAUCCGACUUGAGGAGUGCAGAACUCCUGAUGUAAAUGCACCAGCACUACAGCAGCUCAUGGUUGACCAGAAUACUUUUGUUUUUCCUUCCAGUUUUUACCAUUUGUUUUGUAUUGUUCUUUCAUUCUGUAAUCAUAAUGUGGUUUGGUUUCACCGUGUUCCCCAGCUGUGGGUCCUUGAACCCAUGCAUUUCUAUUAACACUAGAACAUUCAGUGGAGAGCCUUACAAAGAGCUUGGACAGUCACCUCCAUGCAAUGUAUUACACCUUCAAUAAAUAAAGACAAUGUUGACAUCAAGAGCAGUGACUUACUACACCACGAGGUGUUGUGCGAAAGACUCCAUGUACCAUUUGUGGUAUGGCUCUGUUGUAAAGCUGUUAAAAACCCACAUUUUUAGUUAAUGCCAUUUACAGACACUAGUUCAUCCCACUUUUGUACUGAACAUCUGAGAGCUUGAAGCAUGUUAUUUUUUCUUUCAAGACAGAAGAUUCUUGAUGUAUACGCAAUGGAAACAUGACAUUAGAAACCACAGACCUGUACAGUUAACACAUUAUGCUACAAUAUUUUCAUAAGGAUCCAAGCAGGAAUAAAAAAAACACAUAUGAACUGA